AUGGGGGGCGGAUUCGUCAAACAUGGAGCGACGAGGAGCUGGACGAGGCGACUGGCCGGCGACGACAAGCUUCAUGGUCCGCCCGUUGGGACCUCGACGCUCAAGCUUCUCGAUCUGCUGCAAAAAAAAGAAGAAGGAGAAGAACGAACUCUCGGUCAAGUAUACAUCGUAGUAUUCCAGAGCGGAAACGAGAUGAUGAUGGUUGAUGAUGAGAAGAGCGAGGAGGAGAGAAGAGCUCGGUGGAAAUUUGAGAAGCUUGGACUACGGUAUGGUCAACGCGCGAUUACUGUAGACUUGGAGGGGGCGGACCUUGCGGAUCCCUAUCUCAUCGAUGUCUUUUUGGUCACUCCCCACUAG